CUCUCUCCUCUCGCUUCCACUUUCUCAUUCUCGCUCCUUCUGCCCCACUUCUAUCUCUCUCCCUCAUAGUGCUUCUGCUCUCCUUCACCCGCUCGCCGUUUCCUAUCCAUACCUGCUUUGCUGUGCCUUCGGGAGCACAUAUCCUCAGCUAAAGACGAUGCUCUUGCAAUCACAAUGGCCAGCAACUUCUGCAGCUGCAAUCGUACUAUCGCCUGCAACCUUGCUUCUCGCAUCCAUCCUUUGCUUAUCCAUAGCAACAAUUACUACGGCGCAGGCUGCCCCACAACCACCACAAGCUCAACCUCCUCCGUCUCCUGGUAAUCCUGUGUUCCUGCACCCAACGUCUUGUGCAAGUGCAACGGGCGUCUGGACUGUUGGAGAUGAGCAACUAUCCAAAGGCUACUCCUUGACAUUUGUCAAAUCGUACUCAGGGCAGCCCAACGAAGUCUUCAGGUUUCCGACCUCCGAUAUCGAUCAAAACUUCACACCUGGCAAGUGCGUCGAAACUAGUCCCACAACCGUCUACUUCCUCUCCGACUACUUCCAGGGCGGAACUAUGACAGUCAAUUCGACGACGAAAAAUGGCACUUGGUCAGGCACAAGUUCACAAACCGAGCCGGAUAUGUUCCAGCUUAAAGACCUCAAAGCAGCAACGUUCGCCCUAAGUCUUAAUGCAACAGCUCAAUCGCCUAUCCCCAUCGUGGUGGUUGCUACUCCCAAUAACCAAAUCUACAAAUGGGCCACCUCCGCCAAAGCAACCUCCCUCGUCGCCACGCUUGCUGAUCUCGAAAUCCCGUCCACGCAAAACAUCCUUGGCAUGGAGAUGUCCUGGGCAGGGUCAACAGGCUUUGUCUGGAUCCAUUACACGGACAAAAAUCAACAGGCGGUACUGCUCAGGGUUAACACCGCCAGUAAGGAAGAGAAGCAGCCCUUCUUGGUUGACCCUUCUCAAAUCCUCUUACCGCUGUCAAGCGGCAACGGCGUCGCUCUUCUGGGAGCCAAUUCGACUAGUAGUGGCUAUAUCUUGUCGAAGUUUCCAAAUACUGGGGCGGAAAAACCUUUACCAGUGAUCAUACCGGUGGCGAAUGCAGUGCUUAAACCCAAUACUUUCGUUGUGAAUGAUACAAUGGUGUGGCAGAUCAAUUCCAAUGGAGCUAGCGCCAACCCCAUCUCCUACACCCCUUCGACCCCAGCUGGAUCCACCUCAACUGGCGUAUCAACGCCAACUUCAUCGCCGGUAACAAGUGCGCCAGCAAGCGGAAGCAACAGUCGACUACCCGUCAUCAUUGGCUCAGUCGUCGGAGCACUUGCUCUGGUGGUCAUCGUUGCAUUUAUUUUGAUCCGUCGCCGAAAUAGUCGAGGAAAUUGGUCAAAAAAGCAAAAGGGCUUGUUCCCAGCAAAGGGAGACGAGAGUAUGGUGCCGUUAGGGCUCUAUCAUCAGAACCGCAGCCUACCUGAACCACCAAGAUACUUGGAGAACGAUCUGGAGCGACUCGGACAUGCACCACGUCCAGGCAAUGGAUUUGCGCAAGCCAAGUACUCCAACAACGCCCCACCGUACCUUUAUUCCAGGAACCCUACCGAAUCUCAUCUAGAUGAGUCCAUACCUGUGGAAGCAGCCCUCGCUCAUCAUCGCUACGACAAGCACACACCACAAGGUUUAACCCACUCGAUCUCCGUGAGCUCGACAACCUCCAAGUUUCCGAGACGGAAUGUCAAGAGUGGGAAACGGUUCGAAGAAAAGAUCCAGCUGCAGGUCAUUCGCUACGAGAUUCCGGACGCACAUCUGAUCAGCCCGCAUGGACCCACAGGUCGACUCGUUCUCGGAACUUAUCAUGUGGUUUCACCAGCGAGGAGUGCACGAUCGAUCAAGGCCCAGGGUGGUGCCUCCCAGGGCAUGGCUCGAUCAGGAACGGUGGUCGUGCGCAGGAGUCGGAUGGAUUUCGGACACGGACGAUCAGCAUCAUCUUCGGCUGGGAGAGCUAUGUCACCGCUGCAAGAGCUGUCUGAGAACAGCUCAAUGCUGCUGACCGAUGCCGAGAACCAGCACACGUUCGAGGUGGCGACGUUGAAAUGGUACAUGACUGAGAUCCACUGGAAGCGCGAGGCUGCUUUGCUAAAGCAUUUGAAGAGCCCCAUCUUUGUGAUGGAGCUGCUCGAGUCCUAUUGCAUCCCUGCUCUGCAGAAUCGUGCACAUACGUAUCCGUUCGUGAACGCGAUGGGCGGAUGUAGCAGUCUUCUCUCAGAUAUCAAGCCUAUCAAGACCGCUCAGCAUGCUCGUGCUAUCCUGAGAUCGAUCUCCGCCGCAGUCGAUUGGUGCCAUCGUCACGGAGUCGUCCAUCUUAAUCUGCAGCCAGGAAGUUUUUUCCUGGAAGACGGUAUCGAUCCUUCAGCCGAGGAUGCGCCUUGGAAGCUGUGGGAUUUCACAUGCGCAAGGUUUAUGGGUGAGCCCAUUGGACCUGUUGGCGGAGGUGGCGAAGACUCAGCGCAACAAGACUUUGUAUCAACACCACAGCCACCACUAGACCAUCUGAAUCCAGAGACGUAUCCGAUCUUGGAGCAACGACAACUUGAGGAGCGCAUGGAUCGGAUCGGCGGCAAUCCACUCCCAGCAGCGUACACUGCACCCGAGCUCUUGGAGGCAUGGCGGGCACGCGACACGACGUUCCCUGCAGAGGCCGGCAUGGACACCUGGUCGUUGGGCUGUGUGUACUAUGAAAUCCUGACCGGAGGCCAACCACUCUUCCCAACGGAGGCAGAAGCAUGGGCGCUAGUCGGCGGAUGGGAGAACAGGGACCAAUGGGCGUCCAAGGACUUCAGGGUACCGUAUCCGUGUGCAGGGGGCUUUUCCUCUGGAAUGAUUAGUGGCGUGCAGGAUGGCAGCACACUUGACCCCUCUGGAUCGAUUGCACAGCUGUUGCACGAUAUGAUGGCAGUGCCUGCGGAUGAGCGUAUAUCGCUGGAGACUAUCAUGGAGCGGAUAUAUUGAAGGACAGGGACCUUGACUUCCUGAUCGAGACGUUGCACCACAUAUGUCUACAUACUGUACAAUGCUUUUGCCAACACAGUCCCUAAAGGACUUUAACAAAGAAAAAGAGAAAAGAAAGAAAGAACCCCGGCGCAUGGAAUUUAUUGUAAGAACACAUCUUCACUUGCAUAUCUGGAUGGAAACGUGUGUUUUCUAUCGCGAACUAAAACUCCGGGACGCAGAAGCUCGCCUGGUCCCAUAAAAUUAACAUUCCCGACCGGUUUUUUUCAAUUGCACAGACCGCAGCAGGGGGACCAAAACGGAGGGCACGAGACAGUUGGAUCUACAGCUUACAAAGACACUCCAUCAGACGAGGCUGGCUCAUUAGUAUUAAAA